AGAGUUGAUUACGUGCGUACGCCAACACACCACACCGUACACACACAUCAAAAUACACACGACCAAAAUAGUUGCCAUUUGUAGGCUGUGGCUGCUGUUGCCGUGUGUUAAAAACGUUGUUUUCUUCAGCCUUCACGAAGCAGCACCAUGGGGAAUGUAAACACCGUAGGGCCUAAUGAGGCUAUGGUUGUUUCAGGUGGAUGUUGUGGAAGUGGAUCCAAGAAGUACAUCAUCGGAGGAUGGACGUGGGCGUGGUGGGCGGUAUCAGAUGUCCAAAAGAUCACCCUGGAGGUCAUGACCCUCAACCCCAAGUGUGAAAAUGUAGAGACAUCGAUGGGUGUGCCCCUCACAGUCACAGGCGUGGCCCAAGUCAAGGUCAUGACAGAGGAGGGACUGUUAGCGACAGCUUGUGAACAGUUCUUGGGUCGUUCUACCAACGAGAUUCGACAAGUGGUCUUACAAACUCUGGAAGGUCAUCUGAGAGCUAUCUUAGGUACGCUGACGGUAGAGGCAAUCUUUCAGGACCGUGACCAAUUCGCCCAGCUGGUACGAGAAGUAGCGUCCCCCGAUGUUGGACGCAUGGGUCUGGAGAUUGAAAGCUUCACCAUUAAGGAUGUGUUCGAUAGGGUGGACUACCUGGACUCUUUGGGUAUCUCACAGACUGCCGUGGUCAAGAGAGAUGCUGAUAUUGGUGUAGCUGAGGCUAACAGGGAUGCUGGAAUCAGGGAGGCAGAAUGUGAGAAGGUCAUGAUGGACACAAAGUACGACGCAGACACCAAAAUUGCUGACUCGUCUCGUAAAUUUGAGAUGCAUCAAGCAGGAUAUGAGGUAGAGGUCAACACAAAGAAAGCCGAGGCCGAGUUGGCGUAUGAGUUGGAAGCAGCCAAGGUCAAGCAGCUGAUCCGUAGUGAGGAGAUCGAGAUCGACGUCGUAGAACGAAGAAAACUUAUCGACAUUGAAGAGAAGGAAAUCGAGCGUAAGGAACGAGAGCUCAUCGCCACUAUCAAGCGACCCGCCGAGGCUGAAUCAUACAAAGUGGAAACCAUUGCUUUGGGUGAAAGAACAAAGACCGUGCUAGCAGCCAGAGGAGAGGCCGAGAAGAUCAAGAAGGUCGGCCACGCUGAGGCGAUAUCCAUCGAGGCUAUCGGCAAGGCUGAGGCCGAGAGAAUGAGGAUGAAGGCUGCUGCUUACAAACAGUACGGAGACGCUGCUAAGAUGAGUCUCGUCUUGGAGUCACUGCCUAAGAUUGCUGCUGAGAUAGCUGCUCCUCUCGCUAAGACUGAUGAGAUUGUCCUCCUUGGAGAUGAUAGAACCACCACUGAGCUCAGCAAGCUUCUUGGAUCCCUCCCGGUCGCUGUUCAAGCUCUGACUGGCACAGACCUCACAAAGAUGAUGUCUAAGAUACCAGGAGCUCGUUAAGACGCCACGCUAUGAGCUCGUCCGAUCACUUCCCUGAAGGGUAUUGGUGCAACAACAACCCCUCCUCACCUAAGAUCUCGCUCAUACAACCCUCGUUAUGAGAGUGUGGAGAACCCUUACUAAAACAGGAACAAAUACAUGUACUUCAAAAAAUGAUAUUAGUGCAUUACUUGUGUUUGUAAUUUUAAUCUUGAUAAACAUUCUUUUUAAUUCCAACUUGGUAGUUCUCCCCAGUGAUCCGCUGAUGUUCUAUAAUAACGAUAACAACAGAUGAUUUGCUCGCUGGA